CUGCUCCAAGAUCCCUCAGACGACCACCGCGAGAUGCGUGCGUCCCUCCGCCUCGCCCAGAUUCAGCGGUAUACCCUCGCAGCGCCCUCGGCGCUCGUGCGCGCGCGCGGCGGCGCAUUCAACCCCGCGCUCGACGACGACUUUGCCAUCUACCCCGACUUCUUCAGUCCGGCGGAGAGCCGCGCGCUCCUCGGCCUGGCGCUGUGGAAGCUCGAUCGCGCGGACUCGAAGCGCCGGCGUAGGCGAAGAGGAGGGGAGGAGAAGAAGGAGGAGGCCAGAGGCGCACCAUUGCAGGACAUGUUCAUGGGGCCCUAUGGGUUCGAAGAGGGCCACUUUGACUCUGUCAUCCACAACUACCGCGAGUCGCUCGUGACUAGCCUCCCGCCCGACGCGAGCGCCGAGCUCGCCAGCGUUCUGGGAAGACUGUAUCGCCUCGUCCCCGGCCUCAAGCUUCCGGCUUCGCCCACCCCCGCCGACCUGCCGCCAGAGGGGAGCAGCACGCAUGCACUGCACCUGGCGCCGGAGGGCGCGAUCCUCGCGCACGUCGACAACCUCGAGGCGUCGGGGCAGACGAUUGUCGGCGCCAGCCUCGGCGCCGCCCGCAUCCUCAGACUAGACAAGGACGGGGAGGGAUGGGACGUGCUCCUCCCCUCCGGCAGUGUGUACAUGCAAAAGGGGCGGGUGCGGUACGACUACACGCACGCAGUGCUGGGCUUCACCGAGAGCCGGUGGGAGGGCGUGCCGUUGCCCCGGGGGCAUCGCGUCAGCUUUAUGGUCCGGGACGCGCCAGCACGCCCGGCACAGUUGUAGAUUGCAUAGCAUACGUUGUUACUCCUCCGUUUGAGGCUCCGCGACGAGACUUGUCAAAGCGACAGACCUGCUAGAGCUCCUACUUCAGCCUGUGUUCAUACUCGUCAUACGCCUCGUGACCGUAGAAUCCUGCGCUGACGCCUGCGAGGAUAGACAUGGUGAUGGGGAUGGGCGAGCGCGUCCGCAGUGCGCGUCUGGAGUCAACGGGGCUCAUCCUCGGCCUUCCGAUCCCCCCUAUCACACCUCGGCCUUGCUGUCCCCUCCACUUCGCUCUCCUGCCUCCGUUCCCUUCGCGUUCUCCUUCCGUCGCUCCAUCCCUCCGUCCCUCCGUUCCCGCCGUUCCCGCCGUUCCUGCGUUCGCCGCCGCCGCCGCCGUCU